GGAAAGUCGAGGCGGGGUUAAAGUUCAGCUCAUGGAGCGGCUCCGCGCUGGCUGCAGUUUGGCAGAGUUGGAAAUGUGAAAGCAAGAAGCAGGCUCGGGGCUCCCCCUCCUCUCCUCUCUCUCUCUCUCUUUUUUUCCCCUCCUCUCUAUCCCUCUCCCUCUCUCUCUCUCCCCCUCUCUCUCUCCCUCUCUCCCCGCACACGCACACCUCCAAACCGCAGCCCCCCGCAGCAGUCAUGUAUUCUCCGCUCUGUCUCACCCAGGAUGAAUUUCAUCCCUUCAUUGAAGCACUUCUGCCUCACGUCCGAGCGUUUGCAUACACGUGGUUCAACCUGCAAGCCCGAAAAAGAAAAUACUUCAAAAAACAUGAAAAACGCAUGUCAAAAGAGGAAGAGAGAGCCGUGAAGGACGAACUGCUAAGUGAAAAACCCGAGGUAAAGCAAAAAUGGGCAUCCAGACUUCUGGCAAAGCUCCGGAAAGAUAUCAGGCCUGAAUUUCGGGAGGAUUUUGUUCUCACAGUCACAGGAAAAAAGCCUCCGUGUUGCGUUCUUUCCAAUCCAGACCAGAAGGGCAAGAUGAGAAGAAUUGACUGCCUUCGCCAGGCAGAUAAGGUCUGGAGGUUGGACCUUGUUAUGGUGAUUUUAUUUAAAGGUAUUCCGCUCGAAAGUACUGAUGGCGAGCGCCUUGUAAAGUCCCCACAGUGCUCUAACCCCGGGCUGUGCGUACAGCCCCACCAUAUAGGAGUUUCUGUUAAGGAACUCGAUUUAUAUUUGGCAUACUUUGUGCACGCAGCAGAUUCAAGUCAAUCUGAAAGUCCCAGCCAGCCAAGUGAAGCUGAUAUUAAGGACCAGCCAGAAAAUGGACAUUUGGGCUUCCAGGACAGUUUUGUCACAUCAGGUGUUUUCAGUGUGACUGAGCUAGUAAGAGUCUCACAAACACCGAUAGCUGCAGGAACAGGCCCUAAUUUCUCCCUCUCAGAUUUGGAAAGUUCUUCAUACUACAGCAUGAGCCCAGGAGCAAUGAGGAGGUCUUUACCUAGCACAUCCUCUACCAGCUCUACAAAACGUCUCAAGUCUGUGGAGGAUGAGAUGGACAGUCCUGGUGAGGAGCCGUUUUAUACAAGCCAAGGGCGCUCUCCAGGAAGUGGCAGCCAGUCAAGUGGAUGGCAUGAAGUGGAGCCAGGAAGAGGAAACUCACUGGUCAAACCCUUGGACACCAGAAUAGUUGCAUGCAGUUUCCCAGGGAGCCAGAUAGCUCUAAAGCUUCCCAGAUAUCUAAGAAACCCCGACCACCGCGGAGCACUACAUGGAAUGCCAUCGCCAACUACAUUAAAGAAGUCAGAGAAGUCUGGUUUCAGCAGUCCCUCGCCUUCGCAGACCUCCUCCCUUGGAACGGCUUUCACACAGCACCAUCGACCUGUCAUUACAGGACCCAGAGCAAGUCCACAUGCAACACCAUCGACUCUUCAUUUUCCAACAUCACCCAUUAUUCAACAGCCUGGGCCAUACUUCUCACACCCAGCAAUCCGCUAUCAUCCUCAGGAGACUCUGAAAGAGUUUGUCCAACUUGUCUGCCCCGACGCUGGUCAGCAGGCUGGACAGGUGGGGUUCCUAAAUCCCAAUGGUAGCAGCCAAGGCAAGGUGCACAAUCCAUUCCUUCCUACCCCAAUGUUGCCACCACCACCUCCGCCACCAAUGGCUAGGCCUGUGCCUCUGCCAGUGCCAGACACAAAACCUCCAACUACAUCAACAGAAGGAGGGGCCACCUCUCCCACUUCUCCAACCUACUCGACACCCAGCACCUCCCCCGCAAACCGAUUCGUCAGUGUUGGACCACGGGAUCCAAGCUUUGUAAAUAUCCCUCAACAGACUCAGUCCUGGUACCUGGGAUAAAAGUCUCCGCUUCCCACCACCCACCGGACAGACCACCAGACCCCUUCCCACCUCUGUAACACGGAAGCAGCAGCAAUGCAGCGCAGCGACUUCACAUCAGCGGAAGGGGAGGCGAGCAGACACCGACAGCAAACUAGUACAUGGAAAUGGCAAACGUUAUGGUUGAAUGGCAAAGGCCGUAACUUUUUUGAGAUUUUAUUUUGUUAUUUUUUUUUCCUAGACAACUUAGGACUGUUGUAAUUUCUCAUAUGGUGCUGGAAAUGGUUGGGCUUCAUAACUUUUGAAGUGUUUCAUUGGUAGUGUAAGCAUUAGGUGACACUGAGUAGAACUAGCCUCUGCUGCUGCUUACCAACUCGCUGUUGUAACACACUUUCCAUAUGGAGCCUAACUGUUUUACAGUAUCCUCAUCGAUUUUUCCCAUACAGGUGUGAGACUUCUUGAGAAAUCAUGAAACACACUUAAACUAUAACUUUUGUAGUAGCUGAAUUCUGCAAUAUAUAACUUACCAGACAGACAUAGAGCAUGUUUUUCUGUAACAUAUCGGGAAAAAAAAUUUUGCAGGUUUUUUUUUUCUUUUUCUUCCUUUUUUUUUCCUUUUUCUUUUUUUCCGUUAGGGUUCUUUUGGUGGGGGGGAGGGCUCUUUUUGGUUUGGUUUGGUUUGGUUUUUUACAGUCGGCACUUAGAUAUGUAACAUGAACCAUAAGAGCAUUGUCAACAAUUCUUUUUUCCACUCAAUUGCAGAGCGAUCUAAAACAUCAAACUACUACUACUACUAUUCACUUAAAGAAAAAAAAAAAGAAAAAAAAAGGAAAAAAAAGAAAAAAAAAAGAAAAAAGUUUGAAAUGCUGCACUUACAUUUAAAAAAAAAAAACAUUUUUCAACAAUUUUCAACAAUUACACAAAAAUUCACGCAGAAAUGGGGAAGUUGGUCUGUUUUGACAGAAACUGACAGGAAUCAAUCAAAACAAUCGAAUUUUGAAUUGAGUAAAGUGCAAUUUCAUUGGAUAGCUAAAUAUCUUUGUAAGAUAGAGAUUGUUGAAAAUUCUAUUUUUGUUUUCCAAGUCCUUCCACCCCAGGACUCUAAAUUAUUGGGGUAAAAAACAGCCUUGCAAGAAAAAAAGGGGAGCUAUUUUUGCUUUUUAUGUUUUUUAUUGUUGAACUUGUAUCCCUUUAAAACUGAAGGAACGUUAAAAAAAAAAAUACAAAAAAAAAAAUACAAA